AUGGCGAUUUAUUUCAUCCUCCUUACCGAUUUGAAAGUUGGGUGCUGCUCCAACACCACUGAGGUUCACUUGCUGAGGUUUUGGAAGGCCAGAAAUGUGAGGAAAGGCGGGGAGAUCAUGAGUCUAGACAUGCUCCUCAUCGACGAGAAUGUAAGCAUUUCGUUGCCGCUUCACUAUAUUGACGAUUAG